AUGGCCGUCACACGAGAUACGGCAGUCGACACGCUGCAGAUGCUGCAUGAGCGUCUGGCCAGGAUCGACUUCGCCGUCAAUGGAGACGACAUCGCCCAAGAAGACCACAAACCAAAUGCCUCGGCAAAGGCGCGUCUUGCUUCUCUGGAGCGUACAUUGAACACCCUUGCAGCGAGUUCGCUCGGCGUCUCGGACGUACUGCAGUUGCACAACUCACAUCCCGAGCUAUUCCACCCAGCGGAUCCAAAAGACGUGCCAACGACGCUCCCACCAGCGUCAUUAGCGCAACUGAUCCUGGCACACGACCAUCUCUACCGCACGACCUCCACCCAACUGUCCACGCUCAACAACAACAAAGAAGUCCCAGACGCUUCAGCUCUGACGAAGCUCAUUUCACUCCAGCCCAGAAUCGACAAAAUCGAAGCCCGACAAGCGCAACAGGCGAAUGAAUUUGCAGAACUGAGGACCAGGAGUGCGAAGAUUGUGGAGCGGUGGUAUGAGAAUGGCGUGCUGGAUAUGGGUGAGAGAUGGGCUGGGUGGGAAGAGAAGUUGAAAGACUGUGAGAUAUUGGUACGGAGGAAAGAGGCAGCGAAGAAGAGGGAAGAGGAGAUGCUAUGA